UCUCUCUUUCUCUCUGAAAAAACGAAAAAGAGAAAAAAAAGGAAAAGAUGAAGAACCUCUACGCCAAAAGCAAAGGAAAAAUCCAUCCAUCUCCUUCAUCUUCAUCAUCGUCAUCGUCAUCGUCUUCUUCGUCUCCUCUCUCCAUCCUUGCUCUCCUUCCUCCCGCCAUUUUGACCAUCGUCUCUCUCCUAUCUCUCUCAGACCGCGAAGUAGUGGCCUAUCUCAUCCUCCGCUCCCUCCAAAACCCUCCCUCUUUCAAGUCCAAAACCUCCACCACCAAAUGCAAGAAACCCAUCUUCGACUGCGGCUGCUUCGACUGCUACACCUCGUUUUGGAUCCGCUGGGACUCUUCCCCCAACCGCGAGCUCAUCCACCAAGCCAUCGAAGCAUUUGAAGAUCAUCUCAACGACCUCUCCAACAAAACCCACAAAGCCAAACCCCGGAAACGUCGCGUUUCGGCAGAAAAAUCCAAUAAAACAGGCUCUCCCGUACCCCAGGAAGCUUUACAAGGUCAUCUCGCCAGCCACGUCGAGUGUUCGAAGAAAACCCAGAAAGGAAAGCGCAAGAACCACCGCGUUUCGGCCGAAAAAGCGGAGUCGGGCGGUGUUUCGGAUGCGGAACCCGAAAUAUUAGAAGCGGAAUGUAACGGUGCUGCUGCUGAUGCCGGAGCUGAUGAGGUGGUGAACGGAGAAGGGGAGGUCACCGGAAACCGGCUAGAGGCGGUUGUGUCCGUACAACAGUUACCGGGAGGCAACAACCGGGGUUUGGUGAGGAAGGUCUGGCCGGACGUGUUGGGAAUAUUUAAUUCGCGUUUAUGGAGCCUUUGGGGUCCGAAUGUAUGAAAAAAAAGGGGGUAGAAGGAGAAUAUGGUAUCUGGUGGUGUAGGUUUUAUUCGUACGCCAUAUUAUAUAUAUAUAUAUUCCAUCUUUUUCUUUUUUAUUUUGCCAUUUUAUGGCAUUUUUGUUUUUUGUGAAAUUAGGAGAAGGGAAGAACUGAUAUUGGGCC